CCUUGACCUUUUUUCAUGAGAAAAGUGUUGUGUUUGAGGCAGCCAAAAACAGAUCCUCCUCCUCCUCUAGCUUUCCCGCCUCCGCCGCCACCACCAACUCGUCUCUUCAACCACUUACCCUCCCCCACCUUUUACUCUAGAAGAAGAAGAAGAAGAAAAAGAAAAAGAAGUGGUAAGGAAAGCGAAAAACCUCAGCUACCAUGCAACCCUACCGGAUCAUUAAAAAGAUGAUGUCGACAGGCAAAGUUAUCAAAGACUAUCUGGUAGAGGAAGCCAUCUCCAUAUACAGAGAGUAUUCCAGAUUCCCUGUCGUGUCAAGUGCCAAAAUUAGUUUUCGAGAAGAUUCAUCGCAUAUCAUUGUUAAUAGUGAAAGUACCCAACGGGAUUUAGAGAGACGGGAACAAGUCAAGUUCAGUCGGAACCAUAUUCUUACUCAUGAACAUGGAAAAUAUUCCAUAUUAUGUAGAACUCCACCAACUGAACUGUCCAAAGAGUUAUGGAAUAAAGAAUCCCCCUCAGGGAAGUUACGCUGCAUCAUUAGACGAGUGACCAACCAGAAAGGAGAAGAAAAGGAUUUUAUUGAGAUCUGGGAGAAAACACGGAAAAUCUGGAAUAUUGAUGCCCUCUCCAAGGAAAUUCAUGGGAAAAUUUAUGAACCCGAUGGCCAAUUUGGCUCAUUGGAAUGGUCGGCCACUGAAAAACGGUUGGUUUACAUUGCGGAGAAAAAACUGCCCAAAGCAACUUCCUACUUUGAUGCUAAGAACACUUCCAGAACUCCUGAUGAUGAGACCAAACCAAGUGAAACAAAAGCUAGGGGUGACCAGCAUGUUUUACAUGAAGACUGGGGAGAAAUGUUGGUUGGGAAACACCAUCCAAUUGUUGCCAUCUUAGAUUUAGAAGGUUCAACUCCUGAAAUCAGUUUGUUGGACUGUGUUUCAGAUGAUGUAUCCCUUGGGCAGGUAAGAUGGGCUCCUGAUGAGACCGGUCUGGUGAUGGUUGGUUGGUCACAUGAACCCUGGAGGCUGGGCCUUACAUAUUGCCCUAUUAGAAAGAGUCAGCUGUAUUUUGCUCAAACAUCAGGGGAAGAUAUUAAAUGUUUUGGGGAUGAAGACAAAGCUGUUCGGUCCCCAUCUUUCAGCCCCGAUGGAAAAAAGAUUGUCUACAUGGAUAAUCCCGCAUCUGGGCCUCACUACCAAUGUAGCAGACUAUUAAUGAUUGAUUGGGUGAAUAAAGAAACCAAAGUUGUAUUGGAUGUAGUUGACCAGGCAAAAGAUGAUGAAUUUGCUGGAGUUUUUGUCCAUAGUCUUCCUGAUCGCUGUUGGUCCUCUGACAGUAAAAGAGUGCUCUUCAGUACAGUCUCUCGAUCUCAUUUGGUUCCAGUCGUUGUUAAUACAGAAACACAGAAAGUAACACGGAUUAAAUCACCUGAAAGUGGUGUCAGUGCCUUACAGAUAUUAGAUGUACACCAUGAUCAUAUUGUGGCCCAAUUCUCUGCUCCUAACCAACCUCAGUAUUUGGUGAUUGGUUAUCUGCCACCAGAAGGAGAAGAAGAUACAAUUGAAUGGGUGAAAUUAGAUGCAGAACUCAAUCAUAAAUUGGAUGGCAUUACAGUAGAAUUACUGAAGCAUAAACCAAUUGAUGGCAUGAUUAAUGAAGAAUUCCCUGAUUUGGAAUUUGAAAGUAUUUUCUUGAGGCCAUCAGAAUGUGCUGACUCUAAGUUUCCCCUUGUUGUCUGGUCCCAUGGAGGCCCUCAUUCGGCUUUCAUGGGAGACUUUCAGUUGUAUCCAGCUGCAAUGUGUUCCUGUGGCUUUGCUGUUCUAUUAGUAAAUUAUCGUGGCUCCAUUGGAUGUGGUCAGAACUCCAUUAAAUCUCUUUUGGGUAAAAUUGGCCAUCAGGAUGUACAAGAUGUACAAUUUGCUGCUGAAUCAUUAUUGAAACUUGAUUACAUUAAUGAAAAUCAUGUGACUGUGAUUGGUGGCUCCCAUGGUGGUUUCAUUACAUUACAUCUCAUUGGACAGUAUCCAGAUUUUUACAAAGCAGCGGUUUGCAGAAAUCCUGUCACUAGUUUGCUUACUAUAUUUGGAUCCUCUGACAUUCCAGACUGGGCUUUCGUUGAAUGUGGUCUGGAUUUCAAACAUGGCAAAGUUGCUGACAUGGAAAGUUUAGAAACUUUCUGGAAGAUGUCUCCAACUCGUUAUGUUGAUCAGGUUAUUACACCAACAAUGUUCAUGGUUGGCACUGCUGAUCUUAGAGUCCCACCAAAAUGUGCUCUUGAAUACUACAAGGCAUUGAAAGCUCGUAAAAUCCCUGUCAGGUUUAUGUCUUAUGCGGAAAAUAGUCACCCACUGAACAAAGUCGACGCAGAAGCUGAUGCCUUUGUCAACAUUGUUUCCUGGUUUUGGUAUUAUAUCUGUUGACCUAUGAAACAUUUUUUAAAAAUUCCUGCUAAUUCCUCUAGCAGCUUUAUUGGUUUGCCAAUUUCUUCCCUGCCCUACCUUUACCCCCCUCCCUACUGAAUCCUGCACCACCACCACCACUUCUCAUUAAACAAAAAUGAAAUAAACUUGAGAAAAUCUGUUUUAUUCUUUACAAA